AUGGCACUGUGUGUAUAUCUUGUCCUGGUUUUCAUUCUCCACACGACGCAUGGAGAACGGACACAGACCGGAAGUUGUAAAGACUUGUUACAAGGUUAUCUAACAGAACAACUUUCGUCUGCUCUGGGAGUAUAUCAGGUGGAAGCUUUAAGACGGGAAUUCAAAAACUUCACUGACGUCAUUGGGGAAUCAAUGAAAAAGUUUAAAGAGAAAGUGAAUGCAAGCAUACAGGAAGGAAGUAUCAGAAAUAGAGACAUUAUGUAUACAAGAUGGGGAAAGAAAAGGUGUCCUUCAAACGCAAAAUUGGUUUAUUCAGGAUUCGUCGGAGGAUCCUAUUCUACACAUAAAGGAGCAGCUGUAGAUCCUCUUUGUUUACCGAGGGAUCCAGAGUGGGGGAUCUAUAGGGAUGGAAGUGAAGGAGUUAAGGCUUACGUAUAUGGAGCUGAGUAUGAAACAGAAACCUUUACAAGUCACUUUACUUCCCUGCACAAUCAUGAUGUCCCAUGUGCUGUGUGUCUUGUUCAAAAUAGAUCAACUGUUCAAAUGUUUCCAGCAAGGAAAAAUUGUUACAAAGGUUGGACACUCGAGUACUGGGGAUAUCUAAUGGCUGGGUACUAUGAUCACGCAGCUAGUACAACGUACAAGUGUGUUGACGAGAAUCCAGACACCUUGCAUGGCGGCCAUGUUAAUAAAGAUGGCUACCUUUUUUAUUUUGUAGAAGGUCGUUGUGGUUCAUUGAAAUGCCCUCCGUAUGUUGAGGGAAGAGAACUUGUCUGUGCUGUCUGUUCUAAAAAGUGAAAAAAUAAAACUAUUGUUAUAAAAUA